AAUUGGCAAUGUCAAAUGUAAAAUUGACAAUUUUGAACCAUUAUACUUUAAACAAGUAUAAAACUCAUUUUAGAACUUUUUUAUUUCGAAUAAACUACCCAAUGAUCGAAUAUCUGCAUACUCAAAGAUUUAUAUUUACGGUAUUUAACACUCGUGUUGUGUGUCGGACGAGUGUCCAGCGAGCACCGGCGAGUAAAUAGAUUGUAUAUUUUUUACAAGAACUAAAGGAUAUGCUUUAGUUAAUAUGGGCGAAGCGAAAGAAGAGAAGACAGCCCGCGAGCUUGAGUGGAUGAUAAGACCGUGUAUCAUGUACAAGGAUGAGCAUAACGAUUGCACCAGUAUAAAGGCUCGCUUCCAUCAAUACUUCAUCUACGGCGAAGCGAUUAACUGCGAUCAAUGGAAGACCGAUUAUAACAAUUGUUAUCAGUGGCAAAAGUACCAGUCGGAAGAGGCAUAUGACAAGUUGAUACAGAGUGAAAAGCAGCGCCGAGCGAAGCGAUUGCACGCGCAUUACGCGAACAACGUCUGGGAGAAGAGGGAGAGACCCCCAGAGAACUGGAACAAUCCUCUGCCCGAAUGGAUGCAAAAGAAGUUUGAAAAUUCGUAUCUGCACAUACGAAGCCAAGAGAUGAAGCAGGGCAUGGAGGUGUCCUCCCUUGACACAAAAUGUACUAUAUUAUAACGAUGGCUUUCUUAUCUUAAGAUUAAGCGUAGCUCUUGUGUAGAUAUAUGUAUUUAUUGUUUAAACCAAGUCAUAUGUGUACAGCAAUAUGUAUAUAUAUGUAGAAAGUUUUGCAGCCUGUGAGUAAAUGUGAAGACAUGUAAUAUUAGAUAUUUUAUCUCAAGGCGCGAUUGAGUGAGAAAUAAUCAAUUGUAAAAGUAUUCUUGUCUACAUCGAAGCGCAUUAAAUCUUUGAUAUUUGGGGCAAGUUUUUAACCCAUCAA